CUUAUGGUAUGCGAUGGGAUAUUACAUGUAGGCCUAUACUCAAUAUGUGUUUGAUGAAGUGUUGUGUUAUGACGUUUUUCUUUCUAUUUUUUAAAUAUAUUCAGCACAUAUAGAAAGUAUUUUUAACAAUAGUGCUUAAAUGAACACAUUUUUUUAGGAUCUUUUAACCUUCACUUUUGAAACUCCUUUUCACAACCUUUCAACAGCCAUAUUGACUUGCUGUUUAAAAUAUUGAAGGUCUCGUGUGAAUACGGAAAUCGAUUACAAAAAUGUCUGUGAUGCUUCGAGUAGUCGGAACACACGUCUUGCAUGGAAGUUCUCUUUGAUUUAAAAGACGUACUGGGACAGGAAGGGUGAAGAGGCAAGCUUCUUAUCCGGUUCAUGUUGCUUCCGCUGAACUUUUAUGAAUAUUAUAGUAAUAUCACAAUGUUGCCUGAAGUUAUUUGAGUUUGCAGCCUGAAAAGUAUAAAGUGUGAAUUGCUUCUAAAAAAGUUUUGGUAAUCCAUAACUGUUUGGGUUCCUUUACAAAUGAAACUGGAGUAUUAGGCCUACAAUGGUGUCAGCCUGAACUGUUUGUGAUGCUAUUUAUGUCAAUUUGUUUAGCAUUCAACAAAAAUAAGGACUAAGGAAAAGGCAAAACAGUUUCUUCCAAUUUACUGUAUGAGAUAAUGGCAGGAAGUUUUGAUCCUUAUGAUAAAAACAGCUGGUUUGUUGGGCCUAUGACGAGACAGGAGGCUACAGAUCUUUUGAUGGCAGAAAAUGAGGCAGGAAUUUUUAUAGUACGAAACAGUAGUACUAUACAAGGAGAUCUGGUGCUGUGCGUCAGAGAGGACAACAAAGUCAGUCAUUACAUAAUAAAUAAAAUACAGCAAGGAGAUCAGACGAGAUUCAGGAUUGGUGAUCAGAUGUUUCCUGAUAUCCCGUCUCUACUAAACUUCUAUAAACUUCAUUACCUGGACACUACACCACUUAUACGACCAGCCGAGAGAAAAGUUGAGAAAGUUCGAGCCAAAUAUGACUUCACAGGAAGUGGAGAUGCAGAUGACCUACCUUUCAAGAAAGGAGAAAUAUUAACAAUUAUUUCUAAAGACGAAGAACAAUGGUGGACAGCAAGAAACUCUGUGGGCUUAACAGGAUCAAUUCCAGUACCCUAUGUAGAAAAAUAUGAUGAAAACCAGAUUGAUGGACAAAACUGUCGAAGUUCAUCACCAUCUACAGCUCAGUCAGGAUCUAGUCAGUUAUCACCAAACACUCGCUCUUCAUGUGAACGCAACAGAUAUAACACACCUAAUAUUCAGAGAAAAUUACCAGCAUUAGCCAAAGUUAAGCAAGCCCGAGUUCCAAAUGCCUAUGAUAAAACUGCCUUAAAACUAGAAGUUGGAGAUGUCAUAAAGGUUACCAAAAUGAACAUCAAUGGGCAGUGGGAAGGAGAACUGAGGGGUAAAACUGGACAUUUUCCCUUUACUCACGUAGAGUUCAUCGAUUCGGAAAAUUCAGAAGAUGAGUCCUAAGUGAAAAUGCGUAGUGUUGUAAGAAGAACUAUGACUCUUUAAUUGAUGCAAAUCAGACUGUUUGUGUACCUGUCUGCCUCAAGCAAGCUUGCAUUUUGUUUGUAGGCCUUGAGUUCUGUGUUCAUACCAUCAGUGCAACAUUAAGCUCCUGUGUGUUCUUGUACAGCUGUACUUUUCUUCUUGGCAAACAACACACAAACCUUGUAUCUAGUUAUCUUCAACAAUCACCUUCAUUUAUGUAUUUGUAAUCAGUAAGUUUUGCUUCCAAAUUAGAGAGGAUGUAAGUAAUGCAUGUUAGUUGUUUUCUCAUAAAUUUUAGUAAUUGUGUUUUACCCUCUUUUAGAAGGAAUGUCCUUCAUAGGUAACAUUUGCUGAAGAAUAAGACAAGCCAUGUCCAUCUAACUUACUUUGAUUUUAUUAGAGAACUGUUAUUUGAUAUGUUUUGAAAGAUAACAAAGCAACAAAUGUUUUACAAACACACACACACACACAUAUAUAUAUACACAUACGUAUUAGAGCUAAGCUUAAGAUGAACUCAUGACAUAUAUAUGCCAUGCCUUUAGUGUAAGUACUUGAAUCAGCUGAUUUCUUCAGUUGUGAAUUGUCAUUGUAUUUGAAGUACAAUAACUUAGACUAGCUCAUCAGGAGAGUUGAUUGGAUUAUUAUUUGAUUUGUUUUUACUUUUCUCCAAAUACAAGUUUAUUAAAUUGAGCAUCACUUUCUCCAUUAGGUGCUCAAAUGAAAAAAAAGGUGUGCAUCUUGUCCUUAUGAAAAUUUUUAUUUUUAAUUAUACAGUGUUAUAUUUUAAUGUGAGAACUAUGUUUAUUACACAUUAAAAGUGGUAGUAUUUAUGUUUAUUUCACAAACAAAUGUUCUAAAAAAGAAAUACUCAUAAAAUUCAUUUGAAAUAAGUAAGAAAUAUUAAUACAAGUAAAAAAUGUUUUGUUAGAAAAUAGUGGAUAAAAAAUACUUAAAUAAUUUACACUUUUUUUCAGAAACAAGGUAACUUUCCUAACUGGUCAAAAGUAACAAUCAUAUGACUUGCCAUUUAUAAACAAUUUAACAAAUACAUAUUACUUAUGAAAUGAGACAUUAGUUUACAGUACUUAUAGUAAAAAAACUAUCAUACUAACUAGCACUAUAGUCAGUAUUCUAUUUCUGACAGUUAUUUGCCUGUCUAAAGGACAUUUUUUAUUCAAUGUUUCAUGAUUGCCUUUUUCAGUUUGUUUCAUUAAUAUAUCAAUCCCCUGGUUACAUUCAUUCACUGAUCUGUUCAAUACUGAAUGUAAAAGUAAAAACUAAAAUAUUUCACUGAAAGUUAUGGUGCCCUUUUCUUUGACAACUUUAUACGAUACUUAUAAAUUAUGCUCUAAAUAUUUGUGAUUUGAUACUUGUACAACUUGGUUAUUAUAUCUUGUCUUUUAACUGUUUAUUUUGACAACUAUCUCCUCUGAUAUUUUUAUAAAGUAUUAUGUUCUGAUGGAUAGUUUUGGUCUUGUAUUGCUAAACCUUUUAGGCUUAUAACUUCUUACUUUUACAGAAAUUCCAGGAGAAUUAUUGUUCGAUAGCAUACUAACAGUUUGUGAUAUCAUAAUAUUUGUUCUAUUUACUUAAUUAUUAGGUUAUAUGAUUUUCAAGACUUACUAAAAGUAUGAUUAAUAAAAGUGGAUUUCUUAUGUUUCAAAAAUUGUGUUACAUUUCAAUGUAAACUUGUUUCUCCAAAGUUUUAUUUUUUGAAAUAUAAAAAAAGGUAGUCUGCAAAAACCAACACUUAUAAAGUUUAAUACCCUAAAUGGUACCUUCCUUUGUCGUGCUUCAUUAUUUUGUAAUGACUGAAAUUUCAGUAUAUGUUAAAUUUCAAUCAUUAAAAUGUUGUUUAUUAUUAUGUAAAAAAAGUGGUGAAUGUAAACAUUUCACCAACAAUUUGCAGUAGAUGAUAUUAAGAUCCAAAAAAAAAUAAAACAUGAAAUUUUACGUACUUGAUUUUAUUUAUUUAUUUUUUGGCCAGCUUUCUAAAUGGUUUUAUUAUUAUGUGUUAAUCCUCACAAACAACAGUAUUCUGUUCUUUUCUUUCAAGUGAAUGUUUACUUUUACCAGAAGUUACUCCAAAACUUUAUCUUCUGUUUUGUUCUUCUUGAUAUUUUAAUUGUAUUACUUUCUCUUCUUUCUUUAUGUUGCAUCUUUCACAAUUUACUUGAUUAACUUCAAGUUUGAAGACCGCCGACAAAUUCUGUAAAUUUAUGGAUGUUUUCUUGAAGUUGAUUGAGUAAAUUGUACACACGUUGUUAAAUGAUAAUGUUUAUUUUUCUUGAAUAUAGCUAUGGUUGUUCACUAUAUGUAUCUGAUUCUAUUUUCUUUUGACUAGUACUAAGGAGUAAUGGAUGUUUCGCAUCAUGUUUUGUUAAAGUUACUAACUCGUGUAAAACAUGUUACUGAUGUUUCUAUAAUUAACGUGUUACUAAACUGUAAUCUACUACCUGAACACAAGUCAUUUGAUGUUAUAAGGUGAAAGAAAAUUGAAUACUUCUGCUAAUAACUCUUUCUUUUUUUCUGUAAGAGUGAGUUUUAGAUUUAAGCCCAAUGUGAAAACUAGAAUGAAAAGCAGAAGCCACAAGUGGUCAGUCUGGUGGCUGAGAGUAAAAAAAAAGUUGAUAUAAGUAGAAAAAUUUUACAUUUUGAGACAUGAUGAUUGUGUAUUUUAUUUCAAGUAACUAUUCCCAUCCACACCUCAGUGUUUAAAGUCUUGUCUUAUGGAACUGUAGUUUCUCUGCUCUGAUCAGUGAAAUUAACAGUAGAUAAAGAAAUUUACUUCACUAAUAACUCUUGAAUAUAUUGUAUGAUACUUAUAUUUCACAGUUUAAUACCAUGCUUGUGUUUCUCUAUAUCCGUGUGCUUAAAGAUGCUGAACAUAUCAAUUAUAACUGUUAAAUGCACCUUUAAACCUUCAAAUAAAAAUCAGGAAUGGCUUUAAAACGUUAGAGAGAAAUGUGUACCGUACGUCUUAUUCUGUUUGUAUUUAGAUUUACAAAAUUUUCUAUGUGAAACUGUAUAGAGUUAUAAGUAAAAAAUACUUACAAUGUAAAAUGUUCUUGCACUAAACUAUUGCUUCCAAAAGCAUGGCAUUAAUUUUCAUUUUUGCAGUAACUUAGUUGUUCAAUGGUUGUGUUUAAUUGAUUGCAUUACCUUUUUUCAGUGCACAUCAAAUAAUAGUUAACAUGUUUGGAUUCUGGUAUCUUAUAGUUUUAUCUGUUGUUUUAAGAAUGAUUUUAUUUCAUUCGGAACUUGACUAUUAACUAGUUAUUUCUGAAUAAAAAUACCAAAUUCCACAAUUUAGUUUUUUUCUAAUCUUAAACGAAUACAGACAGCUGCUUUUAUUUUCUUCUGAAAGAUUUAAGUUUGGAAAUAAUUGCAUUACUGAAAUCCAUCAAGAGUUUUUCUAAACUAGUUUUUACAAGAAAGUUUCAGUAACAGUCUUAGUUUGUUAGGCAUUAUUUAGAACUUUAUGAAAUCCUCUUUGUGUUUUUAGUCUGUCUAUAGACUGUCCAGUGUGCAGUUUUAUACGAAUGUGCAAGAUCUACCUUUAACUGCAUGACUAUAUAAUAUAGUUUUUCAUCUUCUCAAGAUUUCUGUAUUGAUACAUAUGCUAGUAAUAAUGCUGUUAUAUUUAUUAUUUAAUGGAGUUUUUCCAUUACCAUAAAAUUCUCAACAUCUGAAAGAAGAUGACUGUCCUAACUAAUCGAACAUUUCAGCAUACUAGUCAAGAAUUACAUUUUGGUUCUUUAUUUUUUUACAUAAUUUCUAGUUACGUAGUUCUAGUUAGCAAAUGCAGAGUUGUUUCUAUGAAUGAAGAUCUGGCUUAGUUUAUGCACUACUCUGUAUUAGUAUAACAAAAAUCUAAUGUCACGGGUAAGUUUGAAGUGCCUGUCAGAUGGAGGGGGAUGAAGUGGUACAUGUUAUGGUCUAACAUUAUUUAUCCAGCCGUUUGAAUGAUCCUGAACAAAGCUAGAGUUGUCCAUUGUUUGGGAGUGUUGCAGAAUAGAUAACUUGAUUUGUGACAAACUUUAUGUAGUAAUGUGUAGAACGGUCAUCUUACCGAUAAGAGAGCAUGGCAAAAAAAAAGAGUUGAAUUUGUUUACUUUAUCAGGCUAACCUGACUGGUGUAAUGCAUGUCAUUGUUACCCAUUUUAAUUUCAGCAGUAAGAAAACAUGAUAUCUCGUGACAUUAAAUCUACUUUCCCAUAUUAAUUCAAAAGGUGAGCUUGAUGAAGUGGGAAUGAUUUUGUGUUUCUUCUUCAAGUCAGGUGGUAACUCCAUAUCUUUCUGAUUAUUAAGGUUCCAAUUCCUGGAAUAUAUAUCAGCCUUACUGCAGUAGUCGAUAGUUUUAUUCUUAUGGUUAGUAAGUACCUUUAUAGUAUUAAGUACUUGUGACCAUUAUAAUGGUACAGAAAAUUAAAUUUUAUCACUGCAACAUUACCCAGAAUCAUUAAUGCCUUCGAGGAUUGGAAAUGGAAUAGUGUUUAUAUAUGGUAUUUGGCAAGAGCUUAUUUAGAAUGCACAUAUAGGUAGACUAUUUUACACUCCUAGGCCUCCUUAGGGCCAUAAACUACAGAAAAUACCACGGUCUUGUUCAUAAUGUUCUCGUCUUGUAAGUUUUUUACCUACUCAUAAAAGUUAUCAGUGUUGGCCUUGGCCAUUAAAGAAAUGGAUUUAAUUGUAAUGUUACAUGUACAUAAGGAUGUAUUAAAGCAUUCGGCUGUGUGAAUAGAUGAUAUUCUGAGGGAGAAUUAUUCUUUAGAUGUGGAUUUUCCUGUAGAAAUGUGUGUGUGUGCCUAAGCUUCCAUCUGUGGUAAAAAAAAAACGAGUAUCCGUGUUUUCUCUAUGAGUUUUCACUUGGAUACUACUAGCAAGACUUUUUUUUUUGGCUCACUUCAAGAAUUGUCUCUGCUUGAGGAAGUAAAAAGGUAGGUAUUUCUUUAGGAUAAUAAGGUAAAAAAAUAGCAUAAAAACUUUGAUAAACAGAUUUUUAUAUAUGGACAGCUUGCUGUUGAAACAGGAAAAUGGUGACAGUUUUUUGGCAUGCUAUCAUUAAUCUUCAGGACAGGUGACUGAGAUAGAAGUCUUUACACUGUUUAUGUUUUCCUAAUUGGUUCUUGGAUUCUGAAGUGAUUCGUUCAGAGAAUGCUGAAAUAUGAUUGGCUGUAUAUUUUUCUGUUGUUCAGUAUCAAUGGUGUGUUCAGCAAUAGUUGACGCAUUUGUGUUUUUAGAUGAACUUUGUGUUCUUUAAAUCAUUGUUCGUAAUCUCUAGUUCUCCAGUAUAUGAUUUUCUACAGUUGCAUAAAGUUUUCUACAUUACUCCUUUGGUUGUAAGAAGAACCAUGGAGGGUUUUGUUUGGAAAAGUAUACUUACUGUAAAGGGUUGAUCCAAAUUUAAAGCAAACUUAUGCAAAAAUUCUUUACAAAGUUUCAAGUACAUUGUUACUGAGUUUUAGACAGAAAGAAA